AUGGCAUCCGAGAGAUCGGAGGUAGCGCCCGGCCAGCAGCGGCAGUCGCAGAGGGCCAUGAGAAACAUCGCCAGUCUCCGUCGCGGGAGGCCGCGUCGGGGGCUGGAAGAGGACGGAAAAUGGGGUGAUCCCGACGCGACCUUGAAAACCAAUCGCCGCACCGCCGUCGAGGACUAUUAUUUUUUUAAGUACCAAAUAGCCGCCGCCAAACUGGAGUCUAGGUUAGACUACCGCUCCGGGGGGUUGGACUUCCACAAUCCCCCGAUGCUGCUGGAGAACAACUCGAACUACAGCCACCUCCAGAGGUCCAUCGACACGCUGAGGUCGCUGGGGGACCGGCUGGGCGACAGGAACGUGGACCUCCGUCUCAACCUCCACCAGGACCGCCUGGACAGGAACUACGACCGUCCCGGCCAGAUGGGCAACGGCCUGGAGCUCAACCUCAGCCUGAACUCGGACAGGAUCCUUCAGGAACGCAUCCAACAGGAGCGGAGUCUGGAACGUCUGCUGAACGAAAGGAACAUGCAGGAACAGAGGAUGAACAUGGACCACAGCUUAAGCAUAGAACGGCUGAACCUAGAGAGGAGCCUGACGCAGAACCUGGACAGGAAUUUGAACCUGGAUCGUAACCUCAACCUCACCCAACCUCAAGACCGUUCGUACAUGAACGAUCGCGCUCUCAUGGACAGGAACAUCAACUCCGAGAGGAACCUCAUCGACAGGAACCUGAACAACAUCGACAGGAUGAGCAUGGACCGCGGCUACGGCAACGACAGGCUGUCGGAGCGCCUGAGGAUGGACGGCGGGGGUGAUAUGAGACAUAGUGAUAUCAACAGGGACAUUAACGACCUGAAGUACAGGGAGUACAAGGCGCACCUGGAGAACUUGCGGUCCGAGAGUUCAAGGUCGCUGGAUAGGGGCCAGGACGAGGACAGAGGGGCCACGCCGACGACGCCGCCCACCCCCAUCUCGGUGGGUGAGAAUUUCCAGGAGGAGAAGGUCUUCGGUUCCAAAGCGGAGCUGCAGCUGCACACGCAGGCGCACAUGCGCGAGGCGAAGCCCUAUAAGUGCUCGCAGUGCUGCAAGGCGUUCGCGAAUAGUUCCUAUCUCUCUCAGCACACUAGGAUACAUUUAGGGAUAAAACCGUACCGGUGCGAAAUUUGCCAAAGGAAGUUUACGCAGCUGAGCCACCUGCAGCAGCACAUCCGCACGCAUACGGGGGACAAGCCAUACAAGUGCAGGCAUCCGGGGUGUCAGAAGGCCUUCUCCCAGCUCAGCAACCUCCAGUCCCACUCGAGGUGUCACCAGACCGACAAGCCCUACAAGUGCAACUCGUGCUACAAGUGUUUCAGCGACGAGCCGUCCCUCCUGGAGCACAUCCCCAAGCACAAGGAGAGCAAACACCUCAAGACGCACAUCUGCCAGUACUGCGGCAAGAGCUACACCCAGGAGACCUACCUGAGCAAGCACAUGCAGAAGCACGCGGAGAGGACGGACAAGAGGCCGCCCAUUGGGCCACCCUUGGGUCUGAACCACAGGGGGCUGGACCACCCCUACUGGCCCAAGGUCAGCCCAGACAGCGCCGAGAACAUGCACGAGUACCCCAACGACAUCCCCAGGCAGAUCCUCGAGCAGAACGAGGACCUGGUCAUCAUCAGGCAGCAGCUGAGCCAGAACCCUCCUGCGCCACCCGGCACUCCCAACGCCAACCUGGGCAACGCGUACGACACAUCCAUCUCCAAAUCCAACACGAACUCGGCCUUCACGCCGAUCAACUCCAUGUCGGGCCACCUGAACCUCAACCACCACCAGCUGGCGCCCAACAGGCCGUACAUCUACGACGCGCUCAGCUUCCAGAAGCAGAACAGCCUGGACAUCCCCAAGUCGCAGCCGUCGAACGGCUUCCCCAACCAACUGAUCAGUCUCCACCAGAUACGGAACUAUGCCCACCAGCCCAACUCUUCGCUGAUGGAACAUUCCAUCCUCGGCCUGGGCAAGGACAAAUAGGCUGGGCAUCGGUAGGUGCGUUCCCUGCGAAUGACACGAUCUCUCCAGACGGCUCGCGAUCUCUCGUACUACUUUUAAUUUUAAGAUUUU